AUAAAUAAUCAACAAGACACCAUUUUCUUCUCAUUCUGCAAACAAACAUCUCACAUUAUCUAAUUCGGAUCGUCGAUCUCAGAGCUUCUCGUUUCGUUUCAUCUAAUUCUAGCCAUGUCUCAGACUGUUGUCCUCAAAGUUGGUAUGUCAUGCCAAGGCUGCGUUGGUGCCGUCAAUAGAGUGUUGGGCAAAAUGGAAGGGGUUGAGUCAUUUGAUAUUGAUAUCAAGGAGCAAAAGGUGACAGUGAAAGGUAACGUUGAGCCUGAAGCAGUUUUUCAAACAGUUUCAAAGACUGGAAAGAAGACUUCUUACUGGCCCGUGGAUGCUGAGGCUGAGCCUAAAGCCGAAGCUGAGCCUAAGAAGGAGACUGAGACUGAGACUAAAACGGAGGCUGAGACUAAGACUGAGGCUAAGGUUGAUGUUGAACCAAAACUCGCAGAAGCCGAGUCUAAGCCAUCGCAAGUUUAAGUACUAAAGAUGACAAUGGGGCUACUUAUCCGUAUUUGCAAUGCUUCUUAUUAUCUUUGGUUUGUGUGUUGUUUUAAGAACUAAGAAAGUACUUUCUAUAAGUACGUAAUAUAUCUCAUAUAUACAUACCUUUUCAACUUUUGAUAACAAGAUGUUGGACCCAUGUUGUUCCGACUUCUUUAAUUUAAAGUUUCAAGU